UUUUUGUUUUGGGUUGAAGUUGAGGCUGAGGAGAGAGAAGAUCUAGCGACGAGCAGUCGUCGCCGCCGUCGCGGGAGGCGGAGGAGGCCCCGCCGGAGUCGUGAGGUCUCCCUUCCCCGCCGACGGCCCUUGCCCGCUGCUCCUCGGCCUCCUCCCGGUGCCGGAACUCCCGGGCCUGUCCGGGGCUCCCAGUCUUUGCAAGCCGUAGCGCCCGGCCCCGGCCGCACCCGCCGGCCCCAUGAGGAGGGACGUGAACGGAGUGACCAAGAGCAGGUUUGAGAUGUUCUCAAAUAGCGAUGAAGCUGUGAUCAAUAAAAAACUUCCCAAAGAACUCCUAUUACGGAUAUUUUCUUUUCUGGAUGUUGUUACCUUGUGUCGCUGUGCUCAGGUCUCCAGGGCCUGGAAUGUUCUGGCGCUGGAUGGCAGUAACUGGCAGCGAAUUGACUUGUUUGAUUUCCAGAGGGAUAUUGAGGGCCGCGUAGUGGAGAAUAUUUCAAAAAGAUGUGGGGGCUUUUUACGAAAGUUAAGUCUUCGGGGGUGUCUUGGAGUAGGAGACAAUGCAUUAAGGACCUUUGCACAAAACUGUAGGAACAUUGAAGUACUAAAUCUGAAUGGGUGUACAAAGACUACAGAUGCUACUUGUACUAGCCUUAGCAAGUUCUGUUCCAAGCUCAGGCACCUUGACUUGGCUUCCUGUACAUCGAUAACAAACAUGUCUCUAAAAGCUCUGAGUGAGGGAUGUCCACUGUUGGAGCAAUUAAACAUUUCCUGGUGUGACCAAGUAACCAAGGAUGGUAUCCAAGCACUAGUGAGAGGCUGUGGAGGUCUGAAAGCCUUAUUCUUAAAAGGCUGCACACAGCUAGAAGAUGAAGCUCUCAAGUACAUAGGUGCACACUGUCCUGAACUGGUGACUUUGAACUUGCAGACUUGCUUACAAAUCACAGAUGAAGGUCUCAUUACUAUAUGCAGAGGGUGCCAUAAGUUACAGUCCCUCUGUGCCUCUGGCUGCUCCAACAUCACAGAUGCCAUCCUGAAUGCUUUAGGUCAGAACUGCCCUCGGCUUAGAAUAUUAGAAGUGGCAAGGUGUUCUCAAUUAACAGAUGUAGGCUUUACCACUCUGGCCAGGAACUGCCAUGAGCUUGAAAAGAUGGACCUGGAAGAGUGUGUUCAGAUAACAGAUAGCACAUUAAUCCAACUUUCUAUACACUGUCCUCGACUUCAAGUAUUGAGUCUGUCUCACUGUGAGCUGAUCACAGACGAUGGAAUUCGUCACCUGGGGAACGGGGCCUGCGCCCAUGACCAGCUGGAGGUGAUUGAACUGGACAACUGCCCGCUAAUCACAGAUGCAUCCCUGGAGCACUUGAAGAGCUGUCACAGCCUUGAGCGGAUAGAACUCUAUGACUGCCAGCAAAUCACACGGGCUGGAAUCAAGAGACUCAGGACCCAUUUACCCAAUAUUAAAGUCCACGCCUACUUCGCACCUGUCACUCCACCCCCAUCAGUAGGGGGCAGCAGACAGCGCUUCUGCAGAUGCUGCAUCAUCCUAUGACAAUGGAGGUGGUCAGCCUUGGUGAACUGAGUAUUUAAUGACACUUCUAGAGUUACCGUGGAUCUCCAUUGGAAGCGACCCCAGUGUUCCGGGCAAAGGUUAUAAAGUGAGGGCAGCAUCCAGAUCCCCAGAGCCACACAUACAUACGCAUACCCACCCUCACCCCCACCCCCUCUAGCUCUGUGACCCGGGGACUGAGUUCGUGCUGGCUUUGUCACGUGGAUUGGUAAAACUUAACCAUUCCUGUUGGAUGUGCCCAGAAGAAAAUCAUAAGCAAGGUAGAGGGAAGGGGGCAUUCCAGCAAACCCAGUGUUACUGCUACUGUGGUUUAUUUUGUUAAGGGGUUUCUUCGGCAAUUUUGGAACAGCAGCUGUAGUCCUCCAAGGUCAAGGAAAGCAUAGAAAACAAUACAUGUUAUAUCCAGGGACCAGAAAGAAAAUUUAUUUGCAUCCUGUAAAUGGUAGCCAUCCAGUGUGAGAUGACUACAGAGCUUCUGUGCUUCCUUGUUUCCAUGCCAACAUGCUGAGCAUGCUCACAAAGAAGGCUUGUUCAUUCCUCCUCUUGUGUUUUAGUAUUUGGCCCAGAGGUUUCCUAAAUGAUUGCAUUGAAAUCACUGUGGUCCAGAUGUGAUUACUUAUUCACUCAAAUUGUCACUCUCUGUAGCACACCUGUGUACCUGUCUUUCAUUCUCUGUUGCUCCCUCCUGCACUCUUGCUCAAACUGUCACCUGUUUGUAGUCUGCUUACUCACAGUUGUUACUCUUUUGCUGUUACUGUGUGUACAGUUAGCAUUUUGGAUGAUUAGUUGGGGUUACCAGACAUUUUUAAAAGAGACAUUAUCAAUAAAUAUUUUUUUAAUUCUAAAUUUUACCAUUAGGGGCCCCUGCCUGAAUCUUUGCCAGUCUGAAGGGAAACUGUAACAAAAUCAAGAAAAGUUAAGAGAAGAAAUUGAGCUAAAACUAUUUUGAUGAAAACAAACUUUGCAUUUUGGUUUGUUAUAUCUUGUGAUAUAUAAUACGCAUGAUAUGCCCAGUAUUUGCACAUUUUUUCCUUCACUCUAACUUAAUAAAGAGAGAGAAAUAACAUUAUUAGUAAAGAAUCCCAAAACCAAACCUGAAAGUCACUGCCACCCAGGCUCAGACAUGUAUGUUCACUGAAAUCUAGGUGUGAUCAGUGGCAUCUCAGGUUGGUGUCUGUGAGGUUUGUUGCGCUUUAGCAGGAAUGCUGCUAGAGGAGUUGUGCAGUCGAGUCAGGCAGUUUCUUUCCUCCCUCCCCCCAUUUCAGCCUCUCAGAGAUGGAUGAAUGAUCCUGUAGCAGCUGAUCAACUGUUCAUCAGUGUUGAUAGUAUCAUAUCUAAUGUUGGAGCUUCAGAGAACCAGAAUCUUUUCAGAAACUGUCAACCAUAUCUCUUUUGUGCUCCAGACUUCCUGUGAAUGAAAUACAAGAGUAGCCAGGUGAAGGCAUUGGAUCAGCAGCAGGUGAACAUUGAGAGGAAGUAGAGGGUUCAGUGUCUCUGCCCAGCCUGGUUACCAGAGCAGAGGUCAGGGUAUUCGGUGCUCAUGACUCAGAGUCAAAGAAGCUCUACCUGUACCCCUCCCCACCAAAAAAAUCAUGGAGGAUGAGGGAAAUAAAAUGAAUUUCUGAAGUAUAAGAAGUAGAUUUCUAAAACCCAAGGUUAGAAACCUUGUGUAAUUUCCAAUACGGUGACUUUUUGGUGUUUUGGGGGGGGAUUUUUCUGAGGGGGUGGUUGUUUAGGGCAUUAAAUGUGCAGUCCCCUAUGAUUUUAGGUCAUCUUUCACAUGAUCCAGGCUGUUAUAAAAUACUUGCUUUAAUGCUGUAGGUGCUGGUUCUACCAGCAUAUGUAGGAAUAAAGUGUGAUUUAUUUUUCCACAAACAAUCAGUUGAAAAAGUCCUAGAAAUCUGUACUACCCACUAUUAUUUAGCAUGUUAAUUUUAUUUUAAAUCUUGUUUUAUUAUUAUGCCCUUUUAAAAGUUCAAACUGCUUGUAUUUCUCAUUUCCCUUCUCUUAUCCUCUUCUCAAAUUACCAGGUGAGGAAUAUACUUCUUAAAGUGAGACCUACUCUCCUGGCUGUACCCCACAUAUACAGAUAUAACAUAAGUAUUUUUUAAGAUAGUGCCUGAACAAGUUAAUCAGAGAUUCCUGAUUUAUUAGUGAGUGUGGAUUUGAAUUUCCCAAUAGUUGAGACUAUUGAGGUACUUAUUUACUUAAAGAGUUUAAAAGACCCUAUUCACCAGUACAUGAAUGUCUUGGAAAUGCUGUUUCUCUUCUCAAAGAGUAUACCCACUCCAUGUGGACUUGUCCAGACAAUCUCUGCCUGUCUGGGCAAGAACAGAGUCCAGUGAGGGAAUAAGGGCCCUGGAGUGCACAGCACUGGCAUGUGUGUGGUCAGGCAGGAGCUUUGUUCCUUUCUCAAGAAAACUUCAGGCCCAUCAAGCUUGGAAGAACAUAUACUUUUUAUGCUAAUCUGAAACCCACAUCAGCUGAUGAAAUGUACUAGGACUUUGAGGACCCAGAAUAUGGUAAGUUUUGGUCAGGUACAAAGGGCCAGCUGAACAUAAAAUGUUUCCUUCUCAGUGUCAGGGAUGCUCUUGAAAAUCCAAUAAGUCUUCAAAGAUGUAGGAAAAACUCUUCCUUAGGAAGAACUUAUUGGUCCAUUUGACUGCAGAGCCACAUCACAAUAUACUUUCAGUAAUGAAAAAAUACAGUGAAUGGAGAGAAGAGGUUUGGGGUUAGUGAAAAGGUUUCCUCAAAGUUACUGUACAUCCAGAUCGUCUCUUUUCUAAGCAGCCUUUUCCCCUUACAUUUUUCAGCAUCAUCAGUAUGUUUGUUUGCUUGGGGCAGGGUUGGUUUUUGUGGUGAAGGAACAUGCAGCAUUUAUUAUAAGGCACCUUACAAGGAGUCUGGGGCAACUAGUGCUGAACAUGCCCAAACUCCCAUCAGUAUCUUUUUAUAUCUUCUUCACUGACCCCAUCAAGAUGAUUCCAGUUUUGUUUUUGUUUUUGUUUUUUGCAUUGACUUCUCCCAUUUCCUUUCUAUACCCAUCCUUGCCCUCUGUUUAAAGCUUCCAUGUCUCAGUGAUGCUGCUGAUUUUAUUCUCUCUCUUUUUUUUUUAAUGACGGUACUGGGGAUUAAACCAGUAUCUCAUGCAUGCUACGCACACACUCCACCACUGAGCUGCACCCUCCCCCCAUAACCCCCCUGACUAUUCUCGUGUCUCCAUUCUGGCUUCCUUUUUGGACCCUUGUCCUGAUCUAGGCACACUAUCCUGGGCAGCCUUGAAUUCAGUAGCUGUUAUGUGGCUCAGGCUGUUUUUCACUGGGUGAUCACUGAUACUUGCUUAAUGAAUUUGAAAUCAAAUUGUUAAAUAUGAGGAGUAAGAAUAUCUGGCUUCAUCCUUUUUUCCAAUAUUUGGAAUAUGAAAGCACAUUACAUUGUGCUUUAUGUAAAAAAAUGUUUUCUCUUGCUGUUCUGUUCUUUAGUGGUUGUAAAAGUAGUUCUUGAAUGGUUUUUUACAAAUUUCCACAUCCAUUAAGUUGAUUUAGCAGACAUGUAAGUCAAAUUUUUCUUAUUCCUUCUAUCACAUAUUUUAGAGGAAAACCUGGUAAAUACUUUUAUGAUGCUUUAUUUUGGGGCUUUCCAAACUGAACAGUUCUAUAUAGCUAUAAGUGGUAUAGCAGUCAAGUUCUUUUUUCUCUUCUAAUUGCCUUGUUAAAUGCAUUGCUAUUGGUUUGAUAACCCACGAAUGCCACGGGGGAGCUAAACAAAGUGUGAGAUGGAGCUUGUCUUGGUUUGAAGUUGUUAGGAAGUGUGAGUCUGUCUCUGGGAAGAAGAGGUGGUUUCCUGUCUGCAGGCAGCAUAUCCUUGGGUGACUGCUGUUUAGAGGGAAGGAACACUUGCAGAUUGUGGUUGACCCUGGGCCAUUUAAUGUUGAUUGUGCUGAAAGUCAGACUGCUCAUGACAGUUGCCACCAGUGAGAGAGGAGGGAUUUUAAAGGAAAUUGGUCUGCUCUGCCAUUUUCCUCCUGUGUGCAUGAUUUAAGGUUAGGUUUCUAUCCCCGUCGUGCAUCCUGGCUGACAGGCUCUUUCAGUGGUAUGCUUUGAGUUUCCAGAAAAUUUUAUAAAAAGAUUCCCUUCUCUGUCAGCCCACCAGCUCUAGGAUCUUUAACCACCUCAAACCCAGGCAGUGUGAAUUAGUUGAGAGUUGUUUGAGAAGAUGUAUAGAAUAGGUCAUGAGGCAGAACCCUCCCCUUACAGUUGUCUUGGACCAAAGAAUCCUAAAGCAGUAGGAGGAGGAUGGGAAUUAAGAGUCUCAGCCUCUCCUCCUCUUUAUUUCUGUCAUAAAAUGUAAUUAUAAGAUUGGAAGAUACAGAGAGCUGUAUAAGACCAUGUCGAUAGGGUAUAAUUAACCUAGGUAAUUUGGGAAUAAAAUUUGGCUUGUAUUUGCUCUAUCCAGAUGCCCUCACUUAACAUCUUGGCUCUCCAGCAAAGAACAUGCUGCUCUAACCUUGCCCUCUCACUUGAGACAAAGUUCCUACCUUCCAGAAACUACCAUAAGGCAAGUGAGUUUUCUCCAUGAAGGGCUUCUGCAGCUCCCCACUCCAAGGCAAGUCUGUUCUGUCCAUUUUUAUUCUUAGGAACAUCAGUUCUGCAUCUCUGAAGCCUUUGAUCCUUAGGGAAGUCCAUAAGAACCUCUCAGCUGAGUCUGAGUGAAUCUUGGGAGCCCAAGGGGAUUACAUUUAAUUUUCGGCAGGAAAAAAAAUUGUUGGACAAGCUCACAUGUGGGAUAUUAAGAGAAAUUCCAUAAUGCACUUCUUCCAUCUCUGCCUCGUGUUUCCUGCUUAAGCUCUUGGUAGAGGUUGGUUUGCAGGUGUUGAGACUCUGCUUCUUCAGCCAGGGUAGUUCAUUGCCCUUUUAGGAAAAAGAACCAUGAGCAACCAAAACUGUAUCAAUUGGCCCUUUUUAUUUUCCACGUUUUUCAAGUGUCUUGUUUGGAAGAAUCAGGGUGGGAAAAUGCUAGAUGAGAUUCAAAGUAAAGGAGAGACUCAGUUCUGGAACUGGGCUGCUUUGCUUCAGGUACAGGCAUCUGUCCUGAAUAUGUAGAAACAGCUGCCUCACAUGUGAAUAGAUUUACUUUCCUCUCCAUCUAAUGAACUCCAUGCCCUUCUUAUUGGCAAGGAGGGCUUCUGUUUUCCACGCACCUAACCACACACCCAACCGGUGUCAUCCAGAUGGGGAUUGGCACCACUGAAAAUACCACCAGUGCUUUCCAGUGACUUCUAGGUGUGGUUUUCACCGGGGCAAGAGCAGGUAGGCAGUAAGUGAGAAUUCCCACCUGAAGAAGAGAUGGGAGAAGAGCAGUGUCCAGACACAUACCUAUUCUGUUUUGCCAUACCCCAAGAGCCCAGGGGAAUCUUUGAAGUGACUUUUUAAAAUCAAAGUAGAAGAAAACUUUUCCCCACUAAGUUUUGGCUUGUUGUUGUCUCCUAUACUUCUGAUUCUUAUUAAUUCAGAUCUGUACCACACUGCUGCUCAUACACAUGUAUGUGUUUCUUACCUUAGCCUAACCCUUCUCAGCCCCUAAAGUCAUUAUUCUGUUUUGUUUUUUCUUUCUUUCUUUUUUUUUUUUUUUUUAA